GACGGCGACGGCGGCGGCGUCGGAACUCGCUGGAAGACUCGGUCCAGAGCUGCUCAACAGUUCUUAAAGUCCAGGCUCAGGGCCUCGUGGCUCCGCGUGCGCCCGGGCGGCGCCGGGGCGCGGGGAGCCCGGGCUGCUGCACGGCGGGCGGCCCGGGACAUGCCCCGCUCCCCACGCCGGACGCCCGCGUGGCUCCUCUGGCUGCGACUGCUCCGGACUCUGGCGCUAGAUCGACAGGCGCCCUAACUUCUGACUUUGGGGUCCCCCAGCCAUAGAGGAACAGGCAUCUCGGCUGGGGGAGCCCCGGGCAUGGUGUGACGGGGCGGGCGGCGUGGCUGCGUGCCCCCCCCCCCGCGGCCACGCGUGGUCCCCGCGCCUUCCGGCAUGUAGCUGCUGUCCCCGCUGCCCACGGCCUCCAGCCGCAGUCUCCGCGACCUCCGGCCUCCAGCCGCCAACUCUCUGUCCCCCAGGAUCUCUCCGCGGUCCUCGGGAUCACAGCCGCCGUCUCUCCGUCCUCCAGGUCCCAGUUCGUCCCCUCUCCUCCGGCCCCCUGCCCUCGCGCUCCCGGGACGCCAGCCGCGUUCCCUGACAUCGCCCCGGGAUCCAGCCGCCGCUUCUGCGCCCCCCGCCCUCCACCCACCCACCCACCCUGCAGCCGUCGUCUCCGCUCUCCGGCCGGUCUGGACUGCAGCCGCCGUCUCCGCGUCCGCCCCAAACCCAGACUUCGGCCGCGACCUCCGCGCGCCCGGGAAGCCAGCUGUCGCGCCGCCGGCCGCAGGUGCAGCAGCCGCCCCGCGCCGCGCCUCCCGAGUGCGGCCGGGCCUCGGCGGGGAGAUGAACGCGCAGCUGGACGGCCUGUCGGUGAGCUCGUCCUCCACCGGCUCGCUGGGCUCGGCGGCCGCGGCGGGCGGCGGCGGGGGCGCGGGGCUGCGGCUGCUGUCUGCCAACGUGCGCCAGCUGCACCAGGCGCUCACGGCGCUGCUGAGCGAGCCCGAGCGGGAGCAGUUCACCCACUGCCUCAACGCGUACCACGCGCGCCGCAACGUCUUCGACCUGGUGCGCACCCUGCGCGUCCUGCUGGACAGCCCGGUCAAGCGGCGUCUGCUGCCCAUGCUGCGUCUGGUCAUCCCGCGCUCCGACCAGCUGCUUUUCGACCAGUACACCGCCGAGGGCCUCUACCUGCCCGCCACCACCCCCUACAGGCAGUCGCCCUGGGCCGCUCCCGACGGAGCGGGACCCGGGGAGGUGCGGCUCGUGAGCCUAAGGCGCGCCAAGGCCCACGAAGGCUUAGGCUUCAGCAUCCGGGGAGGCUCGGAACACGGCGUGGGCAUCUACGUGUCUCUAGUGGAGCCGGGCUCCCUGGCGGAGAAGGAAGGGUUGCGGGUCGGGGACCAGAUCCUGCGCGUCAACGAUAAAUCCCUAGCCCGGGUGACCCACGCAGAGGCGGUCAAGGCUCUCAAGGGCUCCAAGAAGCUGGUGUUGUCUGUGUACUCAGCCGGGCGUAUCCCCGGGGGCUACGUCACCAACCACAUCUACACCUGGGUGGACCCCCAGGGGAGAAGCACAUCCCCUCCCUCCAGCCUGCCCCAGCUGCACAGCAGCACCCCAAGACAGCACGAGGAUGACCGAAGGAGCGCCCUACACCUCCUGCAGAGUGGGGAUGAGAAAAAGGUGAACCUGGUACUGGGGGACGGGCGGUCGCUGGGCCUCACGAUCCGAGGUGGAGCUGAGUACGGCCUUGGCAUUUACAUCACUGGUGUGGACCCGGGCUCUGAAGCAGAAAGCAGCGGGCUCAAGGUUGGGGACCAGAUUCUGGAGGUGAAUGGGCGGAGCUUUCUCAGCAUCUUGCAUGACGAGGCGGUGAAGCUGCUCAAGUCAUCCAGGCACCUCAUCCUGACUGUGAAGGACGUUGGAAGGCUGCCCCACGCACGAACCACCGUGGACCAGACCAAAUGGAUUGCCAGUUCCAGGAUUGGGGAAAGCACCACCAACUCAGCAGGGUUUCCAGGGGACCUCACAGAAGAAGGGACAAGCAAGCCAGGAUUUUACAAGGGCCCAGCUGGCUCCCAGGUGACCCUGAGCAGCCUGGGAAAUCAGACACGUGCAUUGCUGGAUGACCAAGCCCGACAUCUGCUGACGGAGCAGGAGCGUGCCACCAUGAUGUACUACCUGGACCAGUACCGUGGUGGCGCCAUCUCUGUGGAGGCCCUGGUCAUGGCACUGUUUGAGUUGCUUAACACACAUGCCAAGUUCUCGAUCCUGUCUGAGGUGAGAGGCACCAUCUUACCCCAAGACCUGGACCGCUUUGACCACCUGGUGUUGAGGCGGGAGAUAGAGUCCAUGAAGGCACGGCAGCCCCCGGGCCCUGGUGUUGGAGACACCUACUCCAUGGUGUCCUACAGUGACACGGGCUCAUCCACAGGCAGCCACGGCACCUCCACAACCGUCAGCUCGGCCAGGGGAUGUUUUAGGGAGCAACAAGAUGCCUCAGGCAGUAAAGGUAUUUGCCACCAACCCAGUUUAGUCACUGGGACCCAUACGAUGGAAGGAGAAAACUAACUCCUGCAAGUUGACCGCUGAUUUCCACAUGUACAUGAGUAUGUGUGUGAGUGCAUGCACACACGCACACACACAAACACACAGAGACACACAAUAAAAACGUAAAGAAUAAUUACACAAAACAAAAACUACAAAUGGGAAGGCGUGGGAUUCAGUGCAGGGUCAGCACUAACAAAGUGUCGGUCGUGGUGUUCUGGACUGUGGUUAGGGGUUUUGCUGAAGGCCACCUGUUGUCUGCGGAGCCCCAAGCCUGGCUUGGCUUUCCUGCCAACUCGGCUGCCCCUAGUAUAGCAUCUAAUCCACACUUGAAUGUGGUUCUGCUCCCAGGAUUCUCAAAGACAAGCACCUUGGGUUUUCUUUGCUUUGUUUCUGAUUUUUCUUUUCUUUUGUUUUGAAACGUGCAGCCCUGGCUGGCCUCUGAGUGCCAGAGUAAAGGCAUGCACCACACGCCAAACAGCAAAUGCCUUGUUUUUUAGGGGACAGCCAGGUAUCCCACAGGAGGGUGGCUGGGCUGGAGGCCCGGCUCCAGUCUAGUCACCCAUGGAAAUGGAGUGAGUCUAGGUGGUUCUGAAGCGUUCACUAAGUGCAGUAAGCUCAGGUGGAGCUGUGGGAAAGACAGGCUAGCUGGUGGUUAUCUGGUGAGUCCAUCGAGACAGCCCUCACUCCCCACAGAUCCUGGCUCCUGACAUGGCCUUACUUUAACACUCUGAGGUCUGGAGGGCCUUAACCCCAUCUCUUUCAUCUUUAAGGGUCCUUUUCCCUUCCUGAGGUGACCCCAGAGAUUGUCAUGCCUUCCUCCACAGCUCUGGAUGUGCCAGCAGCUGUUUUUCAAGUCCUCGGAAGUGCAGGUCACUUCCAGGGCAACACAGAGGUCCUGAUCCCAUGCUGCUGACUUUGCUCCAACCACAGGCUUUGACACACCUCAUGAUAAGGUGAUUUCAGGCUGUGGGCUCUGGUCUGUAGUCUAUCUGUCAGUUCUUAGGAUCUUGGCCUUAAAAUGUCCAUAUGGAGCUUCAAGAGCCACCUAAUACCCAGAGAGUUGCAUACAACCGCAGCUUUUGCAGUCAGAACCAGUGUGCCACAGGAAGAGUACCUUCUGGCCAAGAGGCACAAAGUGUGUGGGUUUAAGUCCUGGUUUCCUUGUACCUCAGCUUCCCCAUGAAUAAACUGCAUAAGGUCCUGCCAUCUCUGGCUGCAGCUACCUGAGGUCCUGAAGACAGCCAGUGUAAGACAAGAGGAGCUGGACAGAGCUCUGCAGAGAGCAGGGACACCAGCUCCAGCCCAGCAAUGGCCUCUCCAUCCCUGAGAAGUGUUAGCUGAGAACAGCACCUGUGAGACCGCAGUGCCCAAGGCCACCCUGGGCAUACACAGCAGAUCUCACAAGUUGGUUCUGCACAGGCAGCUUUGGGGCAGACGGGAGAGCACCCUGACAUCGCUUCCACGGUUUCUAAAAUGGGGGCUGCUCAGAAUCUGACCAGACAGGGGACCCAGGAAUAUCAGAAUAAGAUACUCUCCCAGGCAGAGAGGAGCUUCUGGGGCAGAGACUGAGAGAGCCUUAGGGAGGGAACUCCUUUCAUCUCUCCAGGCCUCAGCUCAGUUUCCUCCCUUCUAGGGGAAUUGUUUCUCCAAGUCUGCAGUGUGUAGGGAGAACAGAAAUCCCUCUUGGGCUGGAGAUGAGUACUGGAUUCCCUGGAAUGUGGCCACACUCUUGGGGCAGUUAAAGCCUUCCCUUUGCCUGCUGCCCUUCCUGCUUGGGCAACCUUCCAAAGGCCCUGGAAGACAUUGAGCUGGGGGACUUCUCCUCCCUCCCUUUGUCCCUUCCCAGGGACUACCCUGAGCACUAUUUGAGGCUCAUUCCUAAGUUUGCAGCAGGUCCCUGAGAACCUAAACUGCUGGAUCAAAGUCUCCAAGCAGAUUCCCCUGAACCACUGCCUGUCCUCAGCAGGUGUGACCUGGGACAAACUGGUCCCUUCCAGCCUGCUUUUCCUUCUGUGAAUGGUAAUGCUGGCACCAAGUCUGCCCCAAGUUACUGACCUCUGGAGAUACCCCAACCCCCUCCCACUCCCC